UAUUAAAUCAUCAGAAUUAUAGAAAUGCUACAAGUGUUAAUUCCAUAACCGUUGUGAUGUCCACGAGUGUUGUUAUCCUUUUACUCCUUGGAGUUGCGUGUGCGCAAAACAAUGGUUCAUAUGAACUAAAUAUAAUUCAUUUCAACGAUUUUCAUGCACACUUCGACGAAAUAGCUCUGAACGGCGCCAGUUGCAAUCCCUCAGAUGGUGAUUGCAUUGGUGGUUUUUCACGGCUUUACACAGCCAUCAGACAGGCGCGACAACUGUCUCCUGACUCUUUGGUGCUUAAUGGAGGAGACACAUUUCAGGGAACUAUUUGGUACAAUUUCCUUCGGUGGAAUGUCAGCCAGCAUUUCAUGAAUCUGAUACCUCAUGAUGCGCAUGUGCUCGGUAACCACGAGUUUGAUCAUGGAGUCGAUGGACUACUUCCUUAUUUGGAGCGACUGAAUGCUCCAAUGUUGGGCGCCAACGUUAACACAACAUUCGAGCCAGAACUUGCGAAAUAUGUAAAGAACCAUAUUGUUCUGGAAAGAAGAGGACGAAAAAUCGGUAUAAUCGGCAUACUGUUACGGACGUUUUCAGCGCCCAUUGGCAAUAUUAUAAUGGAAGAUGAAUUGGAAGCGGUCAAUCGGGAGGCGGCUAUUUUGUCCAAACAAGGAGUUGACAUUAUUAUUGUUCUGUCACAUGUCGGAUAUGCUUCUGAUAUGAGGUUGGCGUCACGUAUGUCACCGGAAGUGGACAUUAUAGUUGGCGCACACUCUCACAGUUUCCUGAACAAUGGGGACGGACCGGAUGGAAGCAGACCGGUUGGGGAGUAUCCUUCUAUAGUAACCCAAGAAAAUGGCCAUAGAAUUCUUGUUGUCCAAGCUUCGGCGUAUACGCGCUAUUUGGGAGAAAUUAAACUAUUUUUCAAUUCCGAAGGCAGAAUAGAAUCUUGGUCUGGACAACCCAUUUAUCUUGGCACUUCUGUUAUAAAAGACCCCCAGAUGGAGUUACUGCUGGAGCCUUGGCGACGCAAAGUGCGGGCGGUAGGUGAUGAAGUGCUGGGAGAGGCUGUAACUCCUCUUCGAAGGGGUUGCUACCGACAGGAAUGCAACCUGGGCAGCUGGCUUUGUGAUGGACUGCUGGAACAGGUGAUGUCUCGAGCGAGUGGUGGUGCCUGGGGUUAUGCUCACGUUUGUAUGAUAAACGCUGGAGGAAUAAGAAAUCAAAUAAACCCUGGAACAAUAACAACGGAAGCAUUGCUAAUGGCCAUGCCGUUUGAGAAUAUCGUGCAGGUCUAUGAUCUUCGCGGAGAGUAUCUCUUGCAAGCGCUGGAGUUUUCAGUGGGAGUCGCGCAAACCGAUCCCACCAACUUUUACAGCUCCAGAAUGUUACAACUCGCAGGUUUCCGUGUGGUAUAUAACGCGACGGCACCUAUAGGAUCUCGUGUGGUAUCAGCAGCGGUGCGUUGUGUGCGCUGUGAUGUGCCGCGUUAUGAGCCAUUAAAAAAGGAUUCAGUUUACCGCGUACUGACGCAGAACUACAUAGGGGAUGGCGGCGGCGGAUACACGAUGCUGUCAGAAAAUAGGGAGAACUUAGUAAAUCUCGAGAUUGAUUACGUCAUGAUACAGAGGUACCUAAGGAAACAGGGCAGCGUUGUGAAGGACCUCGAUGGACGAAUCCAAAUAGUGUAUUAAAAUUAUAAUAUUUUCUAUUUUGAAAACUUGAGCUUAGAGUAAUCUCACUGAACAAACAAUGAACCAUAAUAAUAGUAAUAAUAAAAUGGAACAUUAUUAAAAUGGAACUUUAUUAAUGGAACAAUACGUAUUCGUAAAUUUAAAAUAAAAACCUCACCGUAGUCUUACGAACCCUAUACAUUUUUGUUCAUCUUUAAUAACCUUGGAUUUUCUAAAAAUACUUAUUUGACUUGAACUGUAACUUUAGAACUUGGUUUAAUAAAAAAACGAUAUACAUCUGUGAUGCCCUUUAUUUUGAAUAAAUUGAUUACUAUAGCCAUACAAUUUGCAACUUAUAAUAUUAUAAGCAAUACACAUACAUCUAUUUGGUUUGAGACUUGGAGUAAACUUCAUGAAAUAUUAAGACAUGUAGAUUCUGACAUAUGUCAAAAGUGGGAAAUAUACGUCACAUUUAAUAGGUUCAGGAGAACGAAAAUAAAGUAUCAUUAAGGA